AUGAUUACCUCUUGUGGAAUGCUAACGGCCGCGCAAGCCAAUGAGGUUCUGAGGCGGCAUAUGCUAUUUGUCAGUGCUCCGUUAUCUCUGGAGUGGGGCAGGAGCCUAGCUGCACUCACAACUCGGCAGCCUGCUGGACGCGGCAGUGGUAUUAUUCACCAGUCCCAACAAUUUUCUCGUGGCAUCGUUGUGGAUACGAAGAAUGAGUCAGUACAUCACGCCUCAAGGCAUCUUGAGGCAGUUGAGAAGAGCGGGUCUUCAGAUGGUGCGGAAGAGCUUCGGGAGGCACUUAUAAUCUGCUGUAGUUCUACUCAACGUUUGCCUGUACCGGAGGUCACACUGGCAGAACUUCUUCGUAUAUUCUACGAGCAUAUGCAGUGCCACAGUGAUGACGAAGGUGCGAUUUCGGGGGAUUAUAUACUAAACUCGCUUUCACUGUUUUUUGUUUGUGACCGCCAAGAGGCGUACCAUCGAUACGCCACACCGUUGGUGGAGCUAGGCGUUCUGCGGUCGUGCGAUCCGUAUUUAGUUGGCCAAUCACGGUUUGAAACGAUGCGGUUCUCGUGUAGCGCGCCAUACCCAGAGGAUCUCCAUCUUCUGCCUCUCCGUGAACUACUUUCGCGGUUCCUGUGCAUCUUUUGCCACAAAUCUUGUGUUGAGGGUGGAAACGAGCUUAUCUACUUGAGCCACUCCCGUUGGAUGUUUCAUCCGAGGCCCGAUGCUCGCGAUAGGGAUGAAACGCUAGAUACACCUUUCAGCCCAUUUCCGGAGUCUCUUCGCCGUGGCUUUCUUGGUCCUUUAAUGCAAUUUGUAACUUCUUUUUGUAUUGCUGAUUGCAGGAUGCAUGACGCGUGGGGCAGCGACUGUUGCAUAGUGUGCCUUGACGGUGUAAAGAUAGCAUUAUGCCUUCUGGCAUUGAAUAACACACCGUUGAAUGUGCUGAAUCCGGAGAAUGGGAGCUUGGAUAGGUGUGAUUGCCCAGUGUCUGUGGCAAUCGGCUUCCCUGACAACGUUCCAGAUUCACACAUUCGGUCCGGUGUGCAGCGGAUGCUUGAUGUGAUUGAGUUUCGGGAAGGUCCCCGGGUUGAUUAUGGCGUCCGUAUUGGUCAGUUGCCGGAAGAGUUUCGACGCUGGUGUCGUACUAUCGGUGAGCAGCUGUUCUAUAUGGUUAGCGAGCUCUUUUUUAACCCCCUUUCUGCUGGUGGGACGACACUAAACCUACAACCUGAUUGGAAACUUUUGAUGUGCGGCAAUUGUGAGAGUUGGCGAAAAGAAAAAAGUGAUUGGGGGUAUUCCCUGUAUGGACCUGGAUUUCUGAAUCCCGCCCCUCGGGUAGCCUCGCUGUCGAGGCAAACCUUUCUGUUAGCAUCGGAGUUGCAUUGGAGCUUCCAAAGGGCUUUGGCGGCUAGUACAAUGGUGGGUGGCUGCUUUGCGACUGUAUUACUGGUUGGAUCGCAAGUGGUUUUGAGUGACUGCCACCCCUACCUGACGUCUUUGCUAACCAUCGAUGCGCGCCAUGGCACAUGUGUUGGUAAGGACCUGCAACUUCCUAUAGGGCCUUUGGCCGAUGAUAUGUUUGGUGGAGGAAAGCAUUCCAGGGUGUUGUCUCACCUUUGGGGCCGCGUUGUUUGUACGAACUUCCGCCAGUCUUCGCUGCAUCUGGCAUGGCGAUACCUUUCAGCCCCUGUUGUUCGUCUUGUGCACCAGGGAAGUGAAGACGAUGUUAGUGGUCUCUUUUACCGCUCAUUGACAGUGACAAUAGGGGAUGUGCAUCUGGUGAUGCUCCUCGGUAGAGGAAGAAGCACUCAUGUUGAGAGACCACAUGAGGACGCCGUGUGGGAUGAACUGGUUAGGAUUUCCUUGCGUGAAAUGGCGGAGCGUGAGCAUGACAUGGAGGAGCUUUCUUCCUCUGUGGCGGAGCGUGACACUCCACAGCGCCCACCACGUUGUGGUGGGCGCGUAGAAGGCCCCAUCUGCAUCGGCCACGAACUUACCACCGGGUCGCCAACACUUCUUGGUCGUCUUGACGGCAUGGCGACAGACGAUGGGGCUGUGUGGGAAGCGCAGUUGGUGAAAGAGAUACCAUAUGCACAGGCGCUGCUUGGAAAUGCGUUGUGUUCGCAGCGUCGGUACGGGGAUAGCAUGGUGUUUGAUUCCUUUGUCUUUCCUACUCUACCGGUAACACGCGUUGUAUUGGGCCGCACAGCCUUCGGCUGUUACGGCAGGGAACGCGGAACCUGUGGUGCAGUGUGCUGUCACCAGGUGGGUGGCCAGGAGCUUUUCUUCACUGACGUCAAAUCGGCCACAUUUCGCUCAGUAGAGGAGAGCUUUGCUUCUUUCAUGGCAACUCGUACAGGUGAAAGAGGUGUGAAGGUCUAG